ACGUGAGGUUCCUGCCCAGGGGGGACGGGUUAGACCGGCGGGACAGGUCUGGUCUGGUCCAGGUCUGGAGUCUCCUAGUGGCACCCAACGGUUUGUUGAAUGAAGCUGGAGACAACGGCAUCGCCACCGUGGUCGGGUCUGGGUCUAAAAUGUUUGAGAAGCUAGAGCAGCAAAUAGAUGAAGAAGAGCAGCUAAUAGAUGAAGAGCAGCUAAUAGAUGAAGAAGAGCAGAUAAUAGAUGAAGAAGAGCAGAUAAUAGAUGAAGAAGAGCAGAUAAUAGAUGAAGAACAGCAGAUAAUAGAUGAAGAACAGCAGCUAAUAGAUGAAGAAGAGCAGCUAAUAGAUGAAGAAGAGCAGCUAGUAGAGGAAGAAGAGCAGCUAAUAGAUGAAGAAGAGGCUAAUAGAUGGAGAAGAGCAGAUAAAGAAGAAGAAAAGAUAAUAGAUGAAGAAGAGAAGCUCAUAUAUGAAGAAGAGCAGAUAAUAGAUGAAGAAGAGCAGAUAAUAGAUGAAGAAGAGCAGAUAAUAGAUGAAGAAGCGCAGAUAAUAGAUGAAGAAGAACAGAUAAUAUAUGAAGAACAGAUAAUAGAUGAAGAAGAGCAGAUAAUAGAUGAAGAAGAGCGGAUAGUAGAUGAAGAAGAGCAGAUAAUAGAUGAAGAAGAGCAGAUAAUGGAUGAAGAAGAGCAGAUAAUAGAUGAAGAAGAGCAGCUAAUAGAUGAAGAAGAGCAGAUAAUAGAUGAAGAAGAGCAGAUAAUGGAUGAAGAAGAGCAGCUAAUAGAUGAAGAAGAGCAGCUAAUAGAUAAAGAAGAGCAGCUAAUAGAUAAAGAAGAGCAGCUAAUAGAUAAAGAAGAAGAAAAGAUAAUAGAUGAAGAAGAGAAGCUAAUAGAUGAAGAAGAGCAGCUAAUAGAUAAAGAGCAGCUAAUAGAUGAAAAAGAGCAGAUAAUAGAUGAAGAAGAGCAGAUAAUGGAUGAAGAAGAAGAAAAGAUAAUAGAUGAAGAAGAGAAGCUCAUAGAUAAAGAAGAGCAGAUAAUAGAAGAAGAAGAGCAGAUAAUAGAUGAAGAAGCGCAGAUAAUAGAUGAAGAAGAGCAGAUAAUAGAUGAAGAAGAGCAGAUAAUAGAUGAAGAACAUGA